CGUGCAAGCCAGCUUGCCCGUUCCUGGUCGUCUCUCUAUCUGCACAACACCAUGAAGCGUCCGUAGCGCACAUAAGCGCACCGAGUCCCUCCUGGCGCAUCACAUCGAGUGUAUAUAUAUACGCCUCAAUGAGGCAAGCGACCAAUGGCGCAACCGGGCUGGCAGGCUCCAUACAGAGGUUCUGGCAACGAUCGUAUGCUCCCGAUUAUGUUGGCUUUCUCCUCGUAUUGCUCGCAUUGAUUGGCCAACAAUUACUCGUUGAGCCGUUCCAUCAAAUGUUUACCCUAGACAAUCAUGCGAAACAAUAUCCUCAUGCUGAAAUACAGCGGGUCUCCUCCUCACAGAACAUUUUAUAUGCCGGUGUAGGACCUCUUGUCUUUCUCAUACUCUGGGCAGUGCUUGUUCGCCCGGGCGUCCACAGAGUCCACGUUACGAUUCUCGGCCUGUUCAUAAGCCUCUUCCUCACGACCUUACUCACCGAUAUCGUUAAGAACGCUAUUGGCCGACCCCGUCCAGACCUCAUCGCACGCUGCAAACCGAGACUAGGCACACCGGAACACGAGCUGGUCACCAUAUCGGUCUGCACCGAAACAGACCACCAUACUCUCCAUGAUGGUUGGCGUAGCUUUCCGAGUGGUCACAGUAGCUGGGCAUUUUCUGGGUUGGGAUAUCUGGCUUUGUUUCUGGCGGGUCAAUUACAUGUUCUCCGUCCGUCUGCAGACCUGGCAAGAGUGUUGAUCGUGCUCGCGCCAUUGGUGGGUGCUGCACUUAUUGCGAUGUCACGACUGGCUGAUUACCGACAUGAUGUUUACGACGUUACUGUUGGCAGUCUCUUAGGCAUGUCGGUGGCGUACUUGACGUAUCGACGAUACUAUCGACCCCUCAGACACCCGAAGUGUGAAGUGCCGUAUCCUAGCAGGGCAGAGUACGUCUCGGCUAUGGUUGGCAGCAAGGCCAAAGACUUGGAACGACAGCUCAACGAAGAUUUCUCCCUCGACGAUUUGUCAGAGGAUGAAGCGCAAGCAGUUCCCUUGACGGAGGUCAGGCCAGGGAGGUCAGGGCAAGAGCAGGAGCAGGAACACACCGCCGGUCCGCCUUAA